GGGUACAGGAAACCGAGCCCAAAAGAAGAAGAAGAAGAAGAAGAAAGGGUAAUAAUAUAGAUACAGCUUACACACAGUCACACAGUGAAAUGGAGAAAAUACUGCACAUUUAUUAGGCGCAGGCAGCUCAACCUUCUUCUUCUUCUUCCUCUCUCUCUCUCUCACACCUUUCCAAUACAAAAAUACCACCAUCCUUCUCUCCCCUUAGGCUUCCUCACCCCACACAACUUCCAACAACAACAACUAUACACAAUAAAGAAGGCAGAAAAACCCAAAAGAAAAGAAAAAGUUAAAGGGAGAAAGAACAACUACAGUAAAUCAUACCCAGCCCGAGAGAGAGAGAGAGGAACAACAAGGAAAUGCUUGUUUUCUCAGCUGGGUUCUCCAGCUUCUCUCCUCUCUUCUCUUGCUUUUCCGCUCAGUUUCAGCCGAUUUUAUCCGCUACCCAUUUUGAUUAAGGUGCUUUUUUUUUUGAAUGAAAUAUGCCUGAAUCUUUACUUUGUACUAAAUCCACGACUGUUGAUGAAAUACCCACCACAAAUAAGAAGAAGAAAACGGAAGAGUUUGAAGAAGAUAAGGUCUUUGAAUCCACGACGGCGAAGUCUGUCAUUCUUAUCCCUCGGACUAAAUCUCAGGCGAUGACUAGGAGGGUCACUCCGACGAACGCUGUCACGGCUGACGCUGCCACCACCAGUACCGCAGCGAAUUCUGAUGGAAACAUUGAGAAGCAUCUCCCCAACGGAGAUCUGUAUAUAGGGUCUUUUUCCGGGAGUUCUCCUCACGGAUCGGGGAAGUAUUUGUGGACGGAUGGGUGUAUGUAUGAAGGUGAGUGGAAGAGAGGGAAGGCAUCUGGGAAAGGUAAGUUUUCAUGGCCGUCUGGGGCGACUUUUGAAGGUGAGUUUAAGUCCGGCAGAAUGGAAGGUAUUGGGACUUUUAUUGGUCCAGAUGGGGAUAUGUAUAAAGGGUCUUGGUCAGCGGAUCGAAAACAUGGUUAUGGUGUGAAGCACUACUGCAAUGGCGAUUAUUAUGAAGGGCAUUGGAGGAGGAAUCUACAAGAUGGUCAAGGGAGAUAUGUUUGGAGGAACGGAAAUGAAUACAUCGGCGAGUGGAAAAAUGGGGUUAUCAAUGGCAGAGGUGUUUUGGUCUGGGCUAAUGGAAAUAGGUAUGACGGAAAUUGGGAAAACGGAGUGCCAAAAGGUCAUGGCGUUUUCACUUGGCCGGACGGAAGCUGCUACAUUGGUAGUUGGACUAAAGAUGGGAAGAACCACGGGAAUCAAGUCUUGAAUGGUACAUUUUAUCCUGCUCAUAGUUCUAAUAAUAAUAAUCUUAAUUGCCAUGCCAUGGAAGGGAAGAAUUUGUUCACCACCAAGUUGUCUGCUCCCUUGAUGAUGGAUGAAAAUUUUGGUGGGAUGGUUGUAGCUAUGGGGACAGGGAAGAAGAGGUCUUCUGUGGAUGGAGGUAGAGGAAGUGUAACUGAGAGGAAUUUCCCCAGGAUUUGUAUCUGGGAAUCUGAUGGUGAAGCAGGGGAUAUUACUUGUGAUAUUAUUGAUACCGUGGAGGCCUCCAUGAUCUAUAAAGACGGCUUAGUUUUUGAGAAAGAUGCGCUUAAGCAGUUCAGGAGGAAUCCUGUCUAUUUUAGUGGGGAAGUGAAGAAGCCUGGGAUGACCAUAUCUAAAGGCCAUAAGAAUUAUGAUUUGAUGCUUAAUCUCCAAUUGGGUAUUAGACACUCCAUUGGAAAGGAUGCUUCAAAGAUUAGAGACCUUAAACAGAGUGAUUUUGACCCCAAUGAAAAGUUUUGGACUAGGUUUCCUCCUGAAGGGUCAAAGAAUACACCACCCCAUCAGUCCACUGAUUUUCGAUGGAAGGAUUAUUGUCCGAUGGUGUUUAGACAUUUGAGGCAGCUUUUCCAAGUUGAUCCUGCUGAUUACAUGCUGGCCAUUUGUGGAAAUGAUGCUUUGAGAGAGCUUUCAUCUCCUGGGAAAAGUGGAAGCUUCUUUUAUCUCACCCAGGAUGAUAGAUUCAUGAUUAAAACAGUGAAGAAAUCUGAAGUCAAGGUGCUGAUUAAAAUGCUUCCCAGUUAUUACAAGCAUGUCUGCCGCUAUGAGAAUUCCCUUGUGACAAAGUUCUUUGGUGUCCAUUGUGUCAAACCAGUUGGUGGCGUGAAGACUCGGUUCAUUGUGAUGGGCAAUUUGUUCUGCUCAGAUUAUCGUAUUCAUAGAAGAUUUGAUCUUAAAGGAUCAUCUCAUGGUCGCUCCACAGAUAAGCCAGAGGGGGAGAUUGAUGAAACGACUACUCUAAAAGAUCUUGACCUUAACUACGUGUUCCGGUUGCAGGAGAAUUGGUACCAGGAACUGAUAACGCAAAUUGAGAGAGAUUGUGAAUUUUUGGAAGCUGAGAAAAUCAUGGAUUACAGUCUUUUAGUGGGUAUGCAUUUCCGCGAUGACAACACUGGUGACAAGAUUGGUUUGUCACCUUUUCUCUUGCGGACAGGAAAUAAUGAUUCGUAUCAGAAUGAGAAGUUCAUGCGUGGUUGUCGCUUCCUUGAAGCAGAACUACAAGAUAUGGAUCGCAUCCUUUCCGGGCGGUAAGUUACAUUCAACAUUAACCUGUCUUUGCAUCAGCAAUUCUAGCUGAACAAGGGGUUAGAUUUACUAAAUGUGGUGGAUAGGGUUUUUUUUGCCCCUUGUAACUUCCAAUAGGUUUCCCUUCCAUUAGCAAUCGUUAUGAUUCUAGACCUUUUGCAUGUACAGUAAAAAAGUUUCCACUUUGAGAAACUUGGGUACCAUGCCAUGAUUGACCCAAUAAAUCCUGAUAUUUAAGUAGUCCCAAGGUGCAUUCAUUAUUCUUAUUUCAUUGAACUUGUGCAUGGUGGUUGGAAUAAUUGGUGGCUCAACUAGUUGGCAAUUUAGUUUGUGUUGGUUAUGCAUUCAGCGGUUGGAUGUGGGACAUAUCUAGAGGCUUGGUCUUAUUAUUGGUUUCAUGGAUAAGAACAAACCUUGAUUGAGCAAUUGGGGUAACCACCUUCCUUUGAGUCUGUCAUUUCUCUUUCUUGAUGCUUCUUGUAAAUGGCCUCUUCUUUUAGAAAUAGUCAAUCUAGGCAGUUCAUAGAUACUCAGAAACUUCAAAAUCAUAAUCUGGAAAGUUCUUUGGAAACCUCUUGACUUUAUUGGGAUGUUGAUGUUUUUCCAUUUUGUGGGAGUAUGUUCUCAUUAUCUACAUGAAGCUUAGGUUCUAAAAGGGUGAUUUUAUUUUUUUAUGGGCGAAAACUUCUCAUGAUUCUGCUUGUAACAUAUGAGUAGUUUAUGAUGUAAUUUGCUUAUUUCCAUUUCCUUGCCAUUGAAACAUUCCUAUUAUGGCUUCUGAUUUUGAAUUUAUGUGAGAUCAUCAGGAAACCUUUGAUCAGAUUGGGGGCAAACAUGCCUGCAAGAGCAGAGCGAGUUGCUCGUAAGAGUGAUUUUGAUCAGUGCACUCCGGGUGAAAUAUACGAAGUAGUUCUCUACUUUGGGAUCAUUGAUAUUUUGCAAGACUACGAUAUCAGCAAGAAGCUAGAGCACGCUUAUAAAUCGUUGCAAGUUGAUCCCACAUCAAUAUCCGCCGUCGAUCCAAAGCAUUACGCAAAGAGAUUUCAAGAUUUCAUCGGGCGAAUAUUCAUGGUAGAUCGGUGACGAAUGUGGCACUAGAAACUGAGUGGUUCAACCUCUCAGUGUAUAUAUAUCGUCAGCGAAAAGAUUCUUUGGUGAAUCUUGUUUCAUUCGCUGCAAGGAAUGACGACAUCAAAACUGGAACGGCGGCGCUGCUGGCAGCGACGGCCCGGGAACGCGGUGAUUGCGGUGUGAUGAUGUUUUUGCUGGUGGCUGAAUUUUGUGCAACAGCCACUGCAUAUAGAGUAAGUACCUUGUACAUUUUGGUGGGGAAGUGGGAAAUUGGGGUUAUGAGUUAAAAAAAUAUUUGUUCAAUUUUAAUAUUUGAAAAUUUUUGUUGUAACCAAGGAAUGUGAAGAUUUGGAAAAAGAUAGGUAUAGGGAACUGAGCAAAUAUGCAAAUGUAUGAUCCCCCCUAGAUGGAAGAAGAAGAUUGAAACAUGAUGUUAGAGAAUGGGGGGGAGGAGACUUUUGAACAAGUUUCAAUAAUGAAAGUGUACAGCAGAUUAUAGGGAAAACAGUUGGAUGAUGAUGAUCCAUAGAUUUAUUAUUAUGGAUUCUUUUGUGGAAGGCAAAAAAAAAAAAGAAAAAAGAAAAGGAGUAAUGUUUAAAUUUGUUAUUUGUGUUGAUUUAGGGCCUACAUGAGUGCUCAACAUGAACUGGUGUGUCUCUGUUGUGGGGGAGAGAGAAGAGGAAUGAGAGAGAUGGUUUUAUUUCAACUACUUUUUUCUUUUUUAGGGUUUGCAAAAUAAAGAGGAAGCAUUGGGGGGGCAGGAGGGAAGAGUUUUUUUGUUUUUUUUUUUUCACAUCAAAAGGGGAGAAAGCUGAGAGAGAAAGAUGCGCUGUUUUGUUUUUCUUUGUUUUUGGGUCCACUUUUCUCUUCUUUAACACUGUGUACUCUUCCCCCUCUGCUUUGAGCUUUCUAUUUGCCUUGCUUGAAUGCGUGUUAUGUUCCUCUCCAUUCUUUAACUUUGUUUUAUCUACCGGUGUUAAUUUGAGUUGUCAAGUUAGCAUCAUGUUACUUGUGUAUUUGAUUGCAGUAGAAUUGUAACCAAAGUUGUGAUAGAUUAUCUUUGUAACUCAGGUUAUCGCAUCCAAACUACUACUAUAUCCGUCGACUAUUUUGAAUUUUGAG